AUGACUGAUAGAGUAUCGACGCUGGGCCCGGAGGGCCCAAAGAAGCAAAUCAAUCUUGAUGGAAAGGUCAUUGCAAUAACUGGUGCAAACAGAGGGAUUGGGCUUGGAAUAGCAGACUGCUGUCUCUCCAAUGGUGCAAAAGCCGUAUACUCCAUCGACAUUGGGGACACUGGCGAAGAGUUCGAAGCCGUAUCGAAGCGCUAUUCGGGACAGAUUCAUGCACUCAGGGCGGAUGUUACGAAAGAAGACUCGAUGACGGACGCUGUCAAUCAGAUCAUCCAGAAAGAGGAAGCCCUCCAUGGUAUGGUAGUCAAUGCGGGGCGGACGAAGCACAAGGCCGCUUUGGACUUCACUACUGAAGAGAUUGAGCAGCUUUGGAAUGUCAAUCUUUUCGGCUCGUUCUACUGCGCGAGGGUCGCCGCGAGAGCAUUCAUCAAAUUGGGCGUUAAAGGAUCAAUCGUAUUCACAGCUUCCAUGGCAUCCUACAGGCCAAACAAGCGCGUACCCUCAGCGCCUUACGGGGCCUCAAAAGCCGGCGUCCGUAACAUGACGCACACUCUAGCCAUGGAGUGGGCACAGUACGGUAUUCGCGUCAAUUCAGUCUCACCCGGUCUCGUCAAGACGGCAAUGACGUACUGGGUGGAGCAGCAGCCGGACUGGGAGCAGCAGCUCAAGUACUAUGGCGGUAUGCCGCGCUUGGCUGAAGUCGAGGAGUUGGGUGGUGCGUAUGUGUACUUGCUGAGCGAUGCGGCAAGCUACACUACUUCCAUUGAUAUUCCUGUCAACGGAGUCAUUGGAAUUUGUUAG